UUGGUUUUUUUUUUAUUUUUCCUCCGAUUUUCUUCUCCAUUUUUACAGAGGUUUUCUUCUAAUGUGUUUCUCCUCCCUCUUUUCAGGAACCAUGCAACCGGAUCAUCGUCUCCCUUUGAGGCUAUUUGCGACUGAUAGGUUCCCCAUCAACAAACUUAACAUAUAUUCUUCACCGGAGAUCCUACCAUUCCUUCGUCGUGUUCUCAGUGGCACAAAGGAGUUCCAAACCAUCCGACAGUCUUGCUUCGGAAAGCUAUUCGACAUCCCUUCCCGACAAGCUCCUAUCUCUACAAAGCUCAUUCACUCCUUCCUCUCACGCCAACUGAUAUGCGGAGGCGACCAUACGCUUUUCUCUGUUUUUGGUGAAAACCCUUUCUGUUACGGUCUCCAAGAGUUUGGAGCUGUAACAGGUCUGAAUUGUUCCCCCUUUACAGAAGGAUAUCAUCCCGACACCGCCAAGGCUGUUGUAGUGGGCAAAGAUGUAGUUUGGCAGAAACGUUUCGGGGAGAAGAACAUGAUAACUAUAGCUGAACUCUGUCAGAUGCUUGAGGAAGACAAGGACAUGUUGUUUUGGAAGAAGAUUCAUAUAGCUCUGAUUAUCAUAGUCGACGGCGUUCUCAUUGCGCACAAACAAGUCCCACGCCCCACUCCUCGAUAUGUGAGAAUGCUUACGAGUCUCAAAACCUUCUUCUCCUUUCCUUGGGGUAGAGAAUCAUUCUUGAAGACCAUCUCCUGCAUGAAACCACCCAAGCCUGCUCCACCGAAGAUCAAGGAUCCUAUCGUUUGGCUCGUGCACAAACUCAAGCAGCGAUCUUUCAGACUGCAGGGCUUCCCUUUUACACUCCAAUUGGUUGCUUUCCGGGCCAUCCCACAACUGCUUCAUUUCAUCCCUGCUCCCAUCGAUAACCGCACGCUUAUGGACCUUGAAGAUGGUUACCUACCCCAGCACGGCUCCAUAAAUUUCCUUGAUAUUAGGCGUGUCGAAUUCUCUUCUAAUGUAAGUACCGGUCUAGUAUAGAUUCUCAAAUUCUAAUGUUUUUGGUAAUUGUCAAAUAAACAUAGAUAAUGUGAAGAACAAUGUCCACGUCCACGGUUUUUAUAUAAAACUCAUUUUUCACAUUUUUAAUCAUGUUUUUCAGCUUGCUGUCUCACCGGUCAUAGCUAUCGAAAACCAAUCGGAGCCUGGUUGGGGAGAUUGGCCCAACCAAACCAAGGAUGACCGUCUUAUGUACCUGGAACACUUGAUAUCUGAGAAGUACACGUUCAACAAAGCUAUGUGGCCUGGUGGGGUAACAACAGAGCCUCUACUUAAAAAUCCUAAAGCUCGUGGUCACCGUCACGGGAAGAAGAAGCUCACUCGUGUCAAACAAUCUCUCAAACCAAAGCCGACCAUCAACAAGGAGACGUCUUCAAGGAAGCAAAGGCGCAUAAGUUCUUACUUUACACGCUCAAACGUCAACACUUUCACCAACGAACAACUAACGGAGAUGGUCUUGGUACUUCAAAAGCAGAUGAAACAGAUGCAAAAUUUACUAAAUCAGAAGAAGAGAAAAGCGCAUGGUAGGCAAUCAUCAUUUCAUACAGUACUAUCUCGUUGCAAAAAACAACGGUCAUCUCAUCAUGAAGAUCAGGGAGCACCCAUCGAUCAGGUAUAAUGUUCACACACAUUUGAUCUCUGUUUUGUUCAGCAUUGAUCUUUUUGUUUUGUUCAGCACGACCCUUAUAAUGUUCUCUAAAAGUUCAUUUUUGACCUUUUCGAUUUUACUUAUAGGAUUUCCCUGACACACACCAGAGCGGUGUUGAGACUGCACCCGUCAAACCUCUCGCUAGCGAUCUUCCAACUGAUCAGGUGAUGUUCAAUCACCCUCCAAACGAUAGCCAAUUAUUUUAAAAUAAUUUAUCUAAAAAGAACAAUGUUUUUUGGGUCCCUGUAGGGUGAUGAUAUGGAGAGAGAUGAUCAUGAGGACCCCCAGUCACCUCUCAUAAGUCAGUACGAAGCUCAUAUCCACCGCCAGGCUUCUAAAAACAUGAACACUACUCCUGAUGACAUUCCCGACAAAACCGUCCACACCACAACUGUCCACGCCUCCGAGGUGAAGUUCAAUCAUCUUUUGGUUCGAAUUACAACCUAUCGUUUGAUUUUAUUUUGUAAAACUUCAUUACAACCCCUUCACCGUUCUCAUCGUAGGCUCUCGAUUGUAUGGAAAAAAAUAAAGACACCAUCCACAACUCUCACUUAGACCACCAGCUGGAACCCGCGGAUGAUGUGGCCCACGAACCAGUCAUUGUCCCCGUCUCACAGAUACACAUAUCACACGACGAGGUCGAGCCUCUUUUUAAAACAACCAACGUUCUGGACACGGAGGUUAGAGUCUUUCUUCUCAUUCCAUCAUCUCGAUAUGGUGACUAAGCGCUUUUCUCUUUGGAGACCCUUCACUAACUCUAAGUCAUUAUCAUUGUAGGACGUCGAUGCUAUUGACAACGAUCGAGAGGACGUCAAUAAUUUGGUUGAUCACAAAUCAGACGAGGUGAACAAUGAUGAGCAGAAUAUUACGGACCAGGUGAUGUUCACGAAUACACUUUUUUACUUAUAUUAAUCAGAGGACGUCAACAAUUUGGUCUAUUCUCUUUGGCCCCCAUUUGUGAUAUGAGAUUGUUUGCUUGCAUUAUAGGUUGUGGAUGUUAUGGAUGAGGAAACAGCAGCUGUGCACCUACAUUCUCAGUCAACUAAAACAAGUCACAAUGGACCUAACAACGGUAUCCUCAAGAGUCCUGUUCCUGACGAAACCAUUCAGAAGCCCACCGAGACUCGUACUUUCGGCACAUUAUUCCCCGGCCGGUGGGACCCGCCAUCCAAAAUCUACGAUAAAGCUGAUCACCCAAACAGCCCCGAGAUUAGUCACAUCCUCAAUCAUGGUCUCAGGAUAUACGACGCAAUCAGCCCUGACCUACCUCUUUCCCAAGGUCCAAUAUUCGACAAUACAGCUGGUCCAUCCUCUUCGACAGCCAUUCGUUUACGGUUCUCACCACUUCCUUUCACUUCACUAACAUCACCGGUCAAGAGCAAUGAAAGUGGUCUUGGUUUCGCUAGCCACGCAACGACACCCAAUGCAUUUAAAGCCACAGCUUCGUCUAUCUCGCCACCAGGCAUCGGGCGUCCCACUUCUGCUGAGGAGGUAUGAAACCAAGAACACUUUCAGUAACUUAUAGUAGACAUGUAUAAUUAUAUCAUCUAAUCACUUAACUUUAACAGGAACUGGCUGCAGACGACCCCACCGUCGAUCUCACUCAAACUAAAGACCCCCCGCCACAUGUUCCAUCAGAACUCGAGGACCUUCUCGCUAUGGAAUUCAUCGCAUCUCCAGUGAUUCCUGCUUUGGAUCUCAUCACCCCACUUCCACAGAAGGAAUGGGACCUUUUCCAACAAAUUCUUCGAGCCAACAUGAAUGUGUUCCAUUGUACUCCAUCUGAAUUCGAGUUUUCCAACAAAUCUCUUCUCGACAUCGCAGACCCUCAACAAUGGACAACCACUUACGUAAGUCACACUCUCUGUUACAUGUAAGCCUGUUAUGUAUUGUUUUAAUCUUCCUUUAACUCCAAACAUUGUUACAUGUUCAGCAAAUGCAAGUUCUCGUCCACAUGCUCUCAGCAAGACACUCCGACAUUCUUCAGACUGAAAAUGCAGCUUUCGCCCCACCUAUCUUUUGCUCAGCUAUCAACGACAUUUGGGACGAUUUCAACAAGUGUGGUAAGAAAAAGAAGGAUAGCUUCGUUUGGCCCCAGGAAUUGAUCGACAUUGUUCUGUGCCCUGGAAAGAAAUGGAUGGAGGAUAUCUACACCAUCUACACCCCUAUGCUAUGGAACCAGUCUCACUGGGUUGGGUUAGCUAUCAAUCUUGAUAUGGGUUUAGUUGAAGUACUUGAUCCUCUCCCCACCUUGAACGGAGCAAGACGCAUGGCUAAGUGGAUGAAACCCGUACUUGCUUGCCUCCCUUACCUUGUCAGGAAAGUUGCCAAUUGUGAACUUACCCAAUUCAAAGGUGUCAAGCCUUUUAUCUGCAACCGUAUCCCAGACAUCUACAUCAACACUCGAUCCGGCGAUUGCGGACCUGUGACAAUGAAGUUCCUAGAGUUGCACUCACAUGGUGAUACAUCACCUGGAAUGGCUGGCAUAACAGACCAGAUUGUCGAUGACAUGCGCAAGCAGUACGCAAUGGACAUCUACAAGACCAUGGUGCUGCCUGCGUACUAUGAUUAGAAGCUACAACUACUGUCUCCACCCCACCUUUUGUGUGUAAUAUAUUGGGGUUCUGGACUUUUUCUCUUUGGCACAACACCUGCCUUUUCUCUUAUCUUAUUCUCGGUUAUAUAACACUUUCUAAAACUUUGAAAGCGCUUAGACUUGUUGAUGUAUUAUGACUUGAUUUUCAGGCCUCUAUUAUGGAAACGUUUGCAUUUGCUAUUGAUCGAUUCUCUACUAUAUAUAGCGUGCAAAGUGAACAAUUUUUAUACCCCAUUUCACGCUUAAAAUCAAUCAAAGUUUUCUCAUGUCCACAUCCACUACCCCAAAACAAUAUCAUCUUCCAUGUCCACGACCACAGCCUACAUUGCAUCACGGACCUCAUCGUAAUAUUCAAUUCCAUUAAGUCUCCUCAACUACAGAAUCCCUAAAUACUUCUCAGCUACACUACUUCUCAGCUAAAGUAAAUCUGAUUUCACCUCUUACCUACCCACCCUGUGCAAAUCUCCUACAUUAAUCAUGAGCUCUUCCUCUUCCUCCUCACGGUCACAUACAGGGAGACAAACAACUGGGAUACCCACACGUUGUUGGUGUGGAGCUAAUCUGACUACAUUCGGCGCGCAAACAAAGGAGAAUCUUUUCCGCAGGUUCUAUCGCUGCGAGAUUGGGCUUAAGGUACAUUCAAUUAGGAAUCUUCAAUUAAAGGCUUCUAUUGUUGUCUCAUUACAUAUUUUAAAAAACAUAGAUCUCAUUUUCGUUCUCAUUAUCAGAGAAAAACCGAGCACCACUUGUUCAAGUGGGUGGACGAAGCCAUUGUAGACGAGAUCAACAUGGUAGAUGCAAAGCACUCCCAACUGAAGGAAGAUGUCGACUCUUACAAGAUUUACACAUCCAAACGUUUGGAAAUCCAGGCCAAACACAUCGAACAAACACUCCAUCAGCUCAAAAUUCUAAUGGAUGCCAAGACCGACAGCUGUUGCACUCAGGACAGCCCUGCUUUUACCACAGAAUCUACUCUUGCCUCCCCAACUAUGGCCGCUACUGCGUACAACCCAUUGACCAACAUUGCAGUCGCAGCCAUUGCACUGGGAACAAUGGCAUGGAUCUACGCUAGGUUGACCAACUAGAUUAGAUGAUAUUUGGAUGUGCCUAUGUCUUUGUUGCAAGACUCUUCGUCUAUGUUAUCACCUAAUGUUUUUGUGUUUAAGAUUACUAUGAUUUCGAUCAUUACCCUACUGCACUUUUAUUAGUACUUUCAAUUUCAUUUCAUUUCGGGACUAGUCUCCAUAAGUACAACUCCAGUGUGAACACCAUAAAACACAGCAACAACCAUCCCUCACCAUAAUGUAGUCAACAUAAAACAAAGCAACAACCACAUAUAUCUUCUUGUCCACAUCUACAAAAAACACCUAAUAAGGAUCUAAUAAAUCACCGAAGAAGAUAUCUGAAAUCCAACAAACAUGCCUCAUCACCUAAAUCAUUAUUGUUUGCUCUAGAUAUAUUGUUUCAAAAAAGGACCAUCAAGAACAACAAUAACAAAACAACUUAUGUCCUCAGCAUCGGACAUACAAAAACAAACUCCGCCGUAAUGAUCCACAAGAUAACUUCAUUCAGCUACACGCCUAGAUAGGACAAGCGCAAUUAGUCCGGUUGUGUCCAAUCCCCCUACACCUCCCACAUUUGUUCUGACUCAACUUCUUCUUCGGUACCUAAAACAAUACAAACAACCCUUUCUUCAUCAGUAACGGUCCGUUUUACAUUUUAUGUCUAAUAAAUCAUUUUAACUCACCUUGAUCUCCCCCGUGGAGGGAAUGCGUGACUUGCGACGACGCCCAGGCUGCCUCUUUGUGAUGGGAGGGUAUACAACCAUAUUGCUUACUUCUUCAGGUAUGUCUACAUUCCUUGGAUCUUCAUCUGGAUUUAUCACACCUGCAUAUGUCUCCCUCCACACAUAUGUUUUGUACCAAUGACCGCACAGUGUUUCCGUUGACACUCCAAGCCCGUUAGCUGCUAGUAUUGCAUGUCCACAGGGUAUUUUGAUAUUAUCAAAAUACUUACAACUACACUUCCUCUCCGCUAGCAUAACCUUGUCUGACCUCCCAAAUUUUCCUAAAAUCUGACAAGUCCACUCAUUGACAGAAUUUAUGUAACUCCCCUUAACAGUCGCCAUGUUCUUUGUCAUCUCUUUGUCCACCUCUAUAGCAACAGCGCCACUGUGUUUCUCCGCCUUCCUCCUACGCGCACUGAACCACCUAGUCAUCAUUCUCUGAAUGAACUUAAUCAACUCUAGAAUGUUGGCUCCUCUACCUUCCAAUAGCGCAUUAUUCAACUGCUCAGCAAUAUUACUAGUCAUGAUGUUAUAUCUUUCACCCGGGAAAUUUACUCUUGACCAACGAGCUGUACCUAUUUUUCCCAAAUACACCCCACAUGCACUGUUAGCGGCCCUGAUCUUCCCAUAAAGAUCUUUGUACUCACGUGGCUCUUGCGCCAUGGCUGUCUUGGUCACCAUUUCUGCCAAGUGCUUACUUGAGAACCUUGAAUUCACGUUUCUUGCCAAAUGUACUAUGCAAGCUCCAUGUUUGGCUUGCGGAUAAAUCUUGCUCACAGCAUUGGAAAUACACACAGCCCUAUCUGAUAUUAUGGCUAGACUGGGGGAAUCGCUUAAAAUCCUCUCCACUUUCUGCAAAAACCAGGUCCAAGCAUCCUCGUCCUCAGCGUCCACAACGGCAAAAGCUAGAGGGAAAAUCUGAAAAUUUGCAUCCUGCCCACUAGCUGUCAAGAGAACUCCUUUGUACUUGCCGCUAAGAUGGGUACCAUCUAUCACCAACACAUGGCGAAGCUUCCUAAAACCACUUAUUGAAGCCCCAAAUGCAAGGAACAAGUAAAGGAAACGUUCAUCGCCAUCGUCGUCUAAAUCUGUCUCCAAAUCCGCUAUUGUACCGGGAUUUGCCAAUUUAAGCAUGUACAGAUACUCAGGGAGCUUCAGAUACGCAUCUUCAUCAGAACCACGCACACCCACAAUUGCUUUCUCCUUAGCCCUGUAGCACGUCAUAUACGAAGCAUUCACACGCAUUCACUGAAGCAGCUGGUGGAAUGCAACCCCUUUUAGAUGACCCAGACGAAAAUUUUGCUGCAUCUGGUGACACAAAUCCCAUAUCUGUGUCAUCCACAACAUCACUGUCCACAAUUUUUGGCUUCUCUUUAAACUGAGCAAACAGAUUCAUCGCCCCGGUCACCUUAAGAUGCUUGCAGAAAUACUUCACAGUACCAUCAUUUGUAAUCAGCACCGGUGGGGUCCUAAUCCCAGUUGCAAGCUCCAGGCUUGUUGGUGGCCAGUAGCUCAACAAAACACCAUAACGAGCUUCAUCGACCACAAACUCCCGCAGAACGUUGCGUUCAAGAUCCACACAACCAAUGCCCUCGUACACAGGCACCAUACGACCCAUUCGAUGCUUCUCAAUGAUGAAAUCCCAUUUUCCUCCAUCCCCACACACCCACUCUCCACUUAGAACCAAACAUUGGUCGUCCAUCUUCAAAGCUAGCUCUUUCACAAACUAAAACAAAAAUUCAAAAUUAAAACGAUUAUAGUUAAACGUUUUGAAGCAAAUCUAAACAGAUUUUACGUCUUUGGUUUUAAACAAGAAACAACUAAAAACUCACCUUUCUUCGCCUCCCUGCUGCAGCUCCUUCUCCUUCAACCCGGAAGAUAACAUGCAUUUAUUACCUGACCUACCUUUUUCAAACACAGUAAGCCCCGACCAUUGGAUCGCUUUCAAUCCUACGGUGGCUUUUUGUCUCCCAAACCAAAACAAAAACCUUAAUAUCUCAUCUAAGGAAACACGUUGGUCCCCACAAAGCUGGCAGCCAUUUUAUAAUAAUAAAACUAACUCAUCACUAACCAAAGCAAAAGGGUGUAUGAGUCAAAACACAUAGGAAGGGAGAGGAAGAAAUGUCCCUCAAGUGAGAUGUGUCUAAUGAAAUAAAAAAAGAGAAAUAAGUGUCUCAUACAGUAAGUCUCUCUUAUAAGCGUAAAACUAUACGUCUCUACCCGGUCAGAUCAACAAACACUAUCUGAUAUGGCUUAUCAGAUAAGACUUUCCUUAUAAGUCUUUCUUCUCGACAUUUUUUCAUAAACAAUGUGUUUUUGUCAUGGUGAGAGUUUUUCAUGAAUUUUGUUUCCGUUCUUUUCGGAAAUGAAGUCAUACAAUAGGGAAAGCAACUGUAUUCAUGAUUAGGGGAUAUGUGGGUUCAGGACAAUGUAAAAGCACUUCAAGCUUCCAUAGUAACGCUAACUGCUUUCAAAAUGAAACUGAGGUUCCUUAAUCUCUGUGUCAGAAAAUCAUGUAAACUUUUAUUACGUUUUUUUUUUUUGAAAAAGGAGUUUUUAACGUUUUUCUUCUCUGUAUCUAUCAGCUAUUUUCUCCUCUCUCCAUUAAUAACCUUCCCGAGCUAUAUCUUUGAGCAGGGUUGAUCUUGCACUGAUAGUUGUGUCCAGUGUUUAUUUUUCGGGUUUUGGUAGUUUCAGGAAAAGUUAUUGGCACCCUUCAGAGUUGAAUGACCUCUGGUUACAUUUGAGAUAUGAUCCGAGAAAUAAAAUCGUCUUGAUAAAAUGCAAUAAAUUUCAUAGUCAUGAUAUACAUUUCAGUUGACCUAAACCGAAGAUAAAUUUUUUUAGUAUAUUCACCUUGUCAAUAAGAACCUAUGUAGGUAACCAAAUGUCAAGACGAUAACCAUGAUCCCGCCGUUCCAAUUUCUGCCACAUAUAUGUCCCAACUAUGUCUGUCAUUGUCCAAAACUGCGAAGUUAAGUAUUUUGACUAUUUGUGGUUGUGGCCAUGAAUUUAUAUGGACAGACUGACAAAAAUGCUUUAAGUUUUAUCUGAAAAUUAUUGGUUGGUUUGGAAACUACGUACAAAAGGUUUUGGCAAUUUUGUCAAAACCAUACGUUGAAUAUUUGAUAAAGUUAUAAAAGGAGAAUAAUAGUGAGCGGGUCAAAGGCCUAAAACCAUAGUCGUAGAAUACGUGUCUCUGUUAGGUCCUUGAAUAUUUAACCGAUUUUAUAACAUGUGAUUCAUUUAGUUUUAAGUUUAAGCCAUACGUUUGAAAUUUGCUACAGCGAUCGAAUAGAAACGUCUUCAUUUGCGGCGUCAAAAUUGUUUGGUAGUUCACGCCCGGUCCAUGUAUGCAUAUCUAAUGGUUGCACAAACAAAUAUACAAGGGCGCGUGUAUAUAUGAAUACUGGAACACUGGAGCAUACAUAUAGAGAGUUAUUGGCCAAAGAAUUCUAGAAUAAUUGUUAAAUUUCGAGAUUUUAUCGUGUUAUUGGUUUGUGAAUUUUUAAAAUCUAAGUAAAAUCUAUCGUUAUUAGGGUGAAGAUUUUAAAAUUUCACUCAAAAAUCAAAAUCUUUUGUUGUUGAAAAAUUUGGUUUUCAUUGAUUUUAAAAUUCCACUAAAAUCUAUUGUUAUUUGGACGUAAAUUUUCUUUGUUUAUUUUAAUCAUGAUACUCAACUUUUAAAAUAUCAGCUAUACUUAUAUGAUUUUUGAAAUCAAUGUAAUAAAAUACACUCACAUACAAAAACACACAAAAUU